AUGGGGAAUGGUGUGACGUUUACAGAGGCUGGGCGAUCUGCUGGUGUCAACCCCUCCAUGGCACGCCGUGACGCAUGGUCUGUUCCCGAACAUCCAUUCAUUGAACUACUUGAACGCGCCACAAUGCCCUCACUCGCCCAUUUGCGACGAGCAGUCGAGGAGACGCCCCGGACUCACUUCAAUGUGGCCCGUACAGUCUCUCAAAUCUACAACAAGAUCCGCCCUGCAGGACAGAUUGGCCCUCUCAAGGUCUUCGCUCGAAGCGACGACUCUGACAAUGGCUCCGACACGGUUCUCAACGCCCUGUUAGCCGUGCUCGGCGUCGCCUUCCUUAUUCUCAUUCUUGUAUCUAUUCUGCUUGUGCUUCGCCGCAUCCGCCGCAAGCGGCAGCAGCAGAGCCAGGAGCCUGCUUUACCCUCCUACAACGACGUCAAGAACCACCGAGGCCUUACCAUCGAGACCACGCAUAACGGUCGCUCCAGCGUGCUCUUCAUCAGCCGUGAUGGCCAGCCUAUGCUGCGCACUCCCAGCUCACCACCUCACUCUCCCGAUAACGUCCCCGAGAUUCACAUUACUUUCCCUGAUGAGCAAGACGAGCAAGGUCGCCGAAAGAGCGGCCGGGUUGUCGUUGUCCGUGUUGGCGAAAACGCAACGGUCGGCCUCGAGCCCAUGCAUGACGAAGAGCUGCCCGCCUACGAGAAGGAGGCUGGCGGCCAGUUCUACUCUGUCGAUAUGAACCAGAUUGGUGGCCUUAAGGAGAAGGACCAUUCCUACUUCGAUCACUACUGAAGUAGUUAAAUUGAUAACUUUUUUUCCACCUUCCGCUCUCCGAACGUCCUAUCCAUAAUCUUCAGGCUUUCUUGGCCGCCCAAAAAUCAGGAACACGACAGUAAUAGAAAAAAAGAAAAAUUAAAAUAAAUCCGCCGUCACAAUUACUCUCAGCCUAGACUUUAACGAUCCUCUGUAUAACGACUUUCUUUGGAUACCAAAAGUCAUGGAACUCACAAAAGAAAAACUUCUCGAUACCACGCCACCCUAUCCGCCCUCUUCUUCUUUUACUUUUUUUCUUCUUCUACAAUUUCAAUUCGGCAUUCUCGAAAUCCCGGAAUCUUCCUCUUUUCUCUAGAGCAAGGUUAAUCAUUUCUCUCCCUUGUGGAUCUUUAUGACAUAUAGAUAAACACAUGGCGCUCUACUGGACAUGCGAGGGGUUAUUAUGCAGCGGGUUUUCUUGAAAUUUCUUUUUUUUUUUUUCUUUUU